UGUCCGCUCCGCACACUCUCUCCCUGACCCGCCGCUGCAGCUCCUCUCACCUCCUUCUCUUCAUCCCUUCAUCUCACCUGCAAAGCUCCGGGAACUCCUCGCUCACACGAUGCACUCCGCUCAGAAAGACACCACCUACACCAAGAUCUUCGUGGGGGGUCUCCCGUACCACACCACGGACUCCAGCCUCAGGAAGUACUUCGAGGUGUUCGGGGACAUCGAGGAGGCGGUGGUCAUCACCGACCGGCAGACCGGCAAAUCCAGGGGCUAUGGCUUCGUGACCAUGGCAGACCGGACCUCCGCCGACCGAGCCUGCAAGGACCCCAACCCCAUCAUAGACGGGAGGAAAGCCAAUGUGAACCUGGCCUACCUGGGGGCCAAGCCCCGGGUCAUACAGCCAGGCUUCGCGUUUGGCAUGCCCCAGAUCCACCCAGCGUUCAUCCAAAGACAGUAUGGGAUCCCUGCUCACUACGUCUAUCCUCAGGCCUUUGUCCAGCCCAGUAUGAUGAUCCCUCAUGUCCAAUCCUCUGCUGCUUCAGCGACAGCUGCUGCUGCCGCCACUUCCCCGUACCUUGACUAUACCGGAGCGACAUACGCUCAGUACUCUGCGGCUGCUGCCACCGCUGCCGCCGCUGCAGCUGCCUAUGAGCAGUAUCCCUAUGCGGCCUCACCAGCACCAACGAGCUACAUGACCUCAGCAGGGUACGGAUAUGCGAUGCAACAGCCGCUCGCCACUGCUGCCACCCCAGGAGCUGCUGCUGCGGCUGCGGCCUUCAGCCAGUACCAACCCCAGCAGCUGCAGACAGACCGCAUGCAGUAA